UACCAGAGAAGAAGCGCGAGACAAACAACAAUGGCGGCCUCCUGUACCGUGGUGUGCUGUGAAGAAGAAGGCGAAUCUGAUAAAGCAGUACUUGUGCAAUUUUCAAAUGGAAUUGUUAAAGAUCCAGACAAGCUUCAGUUUUCUAUGUACAAGAACACAGAUGAAAGAAAUCCCAGGAAGAAAAACAGACGCAUAUUGGUCGCUGAAUCAAGCAGACUGUCAUAUGUGGGUGACAACUUUGGACCUGCUUCGAUGAAGUGUAAUAAUAUGUGCCAAUAUUUUGUUGGAGUUUUGAACAAGCAGACUAUGCAAAUGGAGGUGCACAAAGCUCAGAUGUUUAAUUUGCAGCCAGUUGUUCCAGGAGAAACUGAUCCUGUAAAAUCCAAAGAUGCAAAUCUGACCUACAGGGAUAAGGUUGACUCUCUGAUUGAAGCUUUUGGUACAAACAAACAAAAGAGAGCUCUGACUUCUCGAAGACUGAAUGAAGUUGGCAGUGAUACUCUACAUCAUGCAGUGACUAAAGCGGCUGACUCUGUGAUCGAACAGAAGGGUCUUGAGGCUCUUCAACAAGAAGUGACAGAAACUGAGCACCAAGGAGAUGUUGCAGUGCACCUACCCCCCUGUAACGCCGAAGCAGAUAAACCAGAAGAUGUGUAUGCAUUUGAGAAUCUAUUGACCUCGGUGGAGUUAUCUGCUUUGAGAGAUGUUGGUGCCAAGAUGGCGACACUCAGUCCAGAGGAACUACAAACCAUGAAGGAUGAUGGAGGGUAUCUUUGCGUCAUGAAACACUUGGAAAAUCUCCCACAAAAUGGUGAAACCAGAGAAAAAAUUCUUUCUUGCUCCUUCUACCUGUCCAUGCUCAUCAAACUGUCUCGACAAAGAAACAUGAGCCGGAAGUUUGGACAAGAAGAAGGAUGCCCGCGUAUUAUUCAGAACAAACUGAUGAAGACAUUUACGGUGGAAACUUACAGAAAUGGCAGAGUUCAGAACAUGAUUUCUUCUUCUAUGCGUGCAAAACUGGCAGCGUAUAGCUUGGCUUUGCUGCUGCAUAUGAACCUUAUGACGGCCAAUCUAACACUACUGCACCGUGAUCUGGGAAUUACAGAAGCCAGAAUGAUUGAGGUGGCCAAAUCGAUGGGGCUAACUCUAAGCAAGACGCCAAAGGUCAAAGGUGAAGCGUCACUGCUGGAUGACUUCAAAUAUGCUACACUUAAUUUACCUCUGGUCAAACACGAGAAGUUCACAGAGCGACGUAAACGCAGGAAAAUGCGUUGAAGCCAGACAAGUAACGGCACAAGUUAAAACACACAUGUUUAUUAAUAGAAACAAAUAAAAUGUUGCGUUUUUUUCAAGAUACAAAAAGUGUUGUCAUCUGUCAAGCUUUUUAUUAUAAAAUAUCUACCUUGAAUAAAAGGU